CAUGGACUUUGAUUCAUCGAUUUCUCAUCAUCGAAUCUCAGGCUGAAAAGCGGCGACUCAUCUUAUGUUAACUGUCAUGCGCACGAAUAUAUAUACUCGAGGGCCAUAGGUGUCAGCUAAGCAACGACUUUUGACCCCAGCGGUGAGUUGUUACAUGCUUUGACGUACAAUGAGUCUGACUGAGUGAGAUGAUGCGCUUAUCCCUGGCUCUAUAUCAUAAAAUGAUUCGUUCACGUAAGGUUGCAUGCCUUCCUUCGACGAGAAAAAUGGAAUCUGGUGCCGAUUUACCCUCGGAAUUCCUUGGCACCAUCUUCACUUGAUCUAUUAAUAUUACAUCUAAUAUUUACGAUCUCUUACUCCAUCUACUACUACCUGCAAGUAAUUUUCAUAACUGAAAUUUCUGAGAUUUCCCAGCAAGAUUAUAUAUAUAUCACAACAACGAUAUAUAUUCCAUGAAUACGUAUACAACAAUGUCCACAAAACAACGCGAUCUUCUCCCGCCCUCCAGGCACCAUCUUUGGGGUCCAGAACGUCGUCGUCUUUCCUCUCAUCUUAUACAAAAAGCUCUUGAUGCCCUUCCCGGCUCUCGCUCUUCGGAUUCUUCCCCAAGUAAACCGUAUAAUGCGAUCAAGAGACCGUAUGAGCAAAAUAAGUUUACAGGGAAGGCGAGUGGGUCGUAUGUACCGGAAGCACCUGUUAGUGAGAGGGUGAAGAGGAAGGAGAGGCCCUUGACGCCGAGUGAGGGGUAUGGAUUGGGGGUUUUUGGGAUAGGUUUUGAGGUUGAGGAUGUGGAUGGGGUGGGGAGUAAAUCGGAACGUGUCGAGAGGAAGUUUUUUGGUCAGGGGGGAAGUAGGCUUUUUGGUUUGUUGCCGAGGGAGGUGAGGAUGGAGAUUUAUGAGUGGGUGCUUAGGGAGAGGGUGUUGCAUAUUGUGAGGAGGAAAACUAAGUUGGGUCAUGUUGUUUGUAAAUGUGAGGGGGGAAACUCGGAUGCGAGGGAUACGAGGGAGGAAGAUGCGUGUAUGGUUGCGGGGUGUAGGGGUGUAAAGAUUAUUGGGGGUAGAGGAGUGCAUGAGACAGUUGGGAUGAGGAGCGGAGGGCUGAUUCAGCUACUGCAGGUUUGUAGACGGAUGUAUGUUUAUAUUUCGUGUCUUUUUUCGAGAUUAUCCUCGAUUUCUUGGUGAUGUUUCAUUCUUUCUUUGCUUAUUUCGAUUAGAUAUCAAAUGUACUGGCAGAAUUAAAUAAAACCAAAAACUAAUAAAACCUUAGAUACUCCGAAGCAAUUUCCCUUCUCUACUCAGCCAACACCUUCGACUUCGAUAGUAUGGAAUCACUUAUAUCUUUUAGCAACGAAAUUCUUCCCCGGCGCUUCGAUUCAAUCACCUCAGUAACACUCUCUUUUUCCUUUGAUACCUCCGCUCGUAAGUAUAACAUAUUCUUUUUUUUUUUUUCAAAACUUCCCACAUCUCAUCUCAUCUCCCCUAUUUUCCUUCCCACCAACUCAUCAGUAUCCCCACAUCCCAUUCCUCAAAUUGCAUUUCCCGAACCACUAAUCCCAAAAGUUCAGUAUUCAACGAAUCCUCCAGCAAUAAUGUUCCCCGCUGGGAACGCACAUGGAUGAUAAUCGGGUCGAUGAAAUCCCUCCGAAAUCUCCAAGCGACAAUUAUCUGGCCCAGGAAAAUCCCAGCCUGGAGUCAUGAAAUGAGAUUUUUGGAGCCGCUGAAGAUGGUUGCGGGGCUUGAUAAAGAAGGGUUUGUGGUUAGAUUGAGGGAGUUGACGAGGGAGGCUAGGGGGAGGGGUAAAGCUAGAGCUUAUGAAGUUGGGAGGGGGUUUGAUGUUGGGUGAGUUUUGGGGAGGUUUCUUUUAGUGCGGUGGGGUUUUGCUGUUCUUGGGGGUAUAUGGUUUUGGUUUUGGUUUUGGUUUUCUCUGAUCUUUGAUUGAUAGGUAGAUGGGUGCUAACUCUACGAUGUUUAGGAAUGCGAGGGUAGUACCAGCAGUAGGAUUUGAUGAGGAAACAGAGGAGGAUUUACCAUUUAAAAUUGUGAGAAUGAAAUUAUAAGGAUUGAAGAAUUCUCUAGAUAUCAUAUCAUAUCAUAUGCAUUGAAGCUGUUGUCCGAAAAUGAGUGUGAGAAGACUUUAGGAAGGUGCUAUGCGGAUAUGAGAACAGCUCUUGAAAUCGGGAUUCGUGGAUGGAUUGAUGCUUUGGGAAUACUUAAAGAAUUUGGCUGAAGGUAUUACCUAGUCACUGU